UCACAAGGUCAUGGUGAGAGCGGGUCGGCCGUCAUCCAAGCUGGCGUAAUUAAGGUGUUCGUCGAUUUCUGAAUAAGUAAUCAUAAUUUGCCUUUAUUGAAGCCUGGCGGCAGAAUUUCAGCCUUGCCGACCUACAUUGUGGGCUGUGGGUUCAGCCGAUCCUCCAAACUCCGUUAUCACAAAUUACGGAUAUGCCAGCUUAUAGCACUCUUGCAGCACCUAGCUCUGAGGUGCGAUCUUCAUUGCGAACUAGGCUGAUGGCUUUAAACACCCGAUAUUCUAUUCCUACCGCAUGAGCCUGUCCAAGCCCUCAGUGAAGCAAUGCGACUUUUGCAACUUAGCAACACUGGCGACCUCAGCCUUACAAAGGACUUAGUAGGCAACGAUACAAUUCCUCCCUAUGCGAUACUUUCACACACAUGGGGAGCCGAGGCCGAUGAGGUUACCUUCGAAGACAUAACACAAGGCACUGGCAAGAAUAAGCCUGGCUAUGAGAAGAUCCGGUUCUGUGGAGAACAGGCUAGACAAGAUUGCUUGGACCACUUUUGGGUUGACACUUGUUGCACUAUAUAGACCCACCACCGGUGACAAUGCCCUACAAAAUGGGCGGUAUGUACCGCUGAAAAUGACGGGAGUUGUCACCCAGCUUUAGAUACUAAAUUU